AUGGCUUUUCCUGGUGGUAACAUAAACUUUUUGCCUUUUGGCACCGAGAUAAAUCCUCUAUAUGCUGGAAUAGCAGCCACUCUUUUAGGUGGUAUUGCCGUUUCAAGUUUGGUUGCCUCGCGAGGCACUGGGCAGGGCAAUGAUACGCCUGGAAUUCUCAGGUCCUUUUUCCUGUUCUUUUACUCUUGCUUCAUUAAACCCCAUCAGGGCGAUUCCAAGGCUUCCCAGCAGGACGCUCUCGAAAGCUUCUAUAAGAAGCAGGCCGGGGCUUAUGAUGCCACACGCAAGCUUCUUCUUCGCGGUCGCGAAGACAUGCUUGCUCUUGUUGCUGCCCAGCUUGAGGCGAAAGCCAAGAUUGCUGACGAUAACAAGACCAAGCGUAUUUGGGUUGACGUUGGAGGCGGCACUGGCUGGAACAUUGAAGCCAUGUCCCAAUUCGUCGACGUCCCCAACUUCUUCUCCAGCGUUUACCUUGUCGACUUCUCCCCGUCUCUCUGCGAAGUAGCAAGGAAGCGUUUUGAGAGGCUCGGUUGGAAAAACGUUCGCGUCGUCUGCCAAGACGCUCGCAAGUUCCGCCUCGAAGACUACGAGACUGGCAUGUCUAAGCAGGUCGCUCCACGAUCUCCUUCCCUCAGUUACCUCACCCAGCAGCGCCAGGAUUAUGGCGGUGCUGACCUGGUCACCUUUUCAUACAGCUUGUCUAUGAUUCCCGACUACUACUCUGUCGUCGACUCUGUGAACUCGUUGCUGGCUCCUCAUGGUAUCCUGGGCGUCGUUGAUUUCUACGUCCAGAACCAGAUUGACUACUCUUUCCGCAACUACACUGGUGGCCUCGUGGAUCGCCAUGUCAACAUGCUGUCUCGAAACUUUUGGCGUGCCUGGUUCGACAUCGACCGUGUUGGCCUUGAGCCUGGUCGCCGCGAUUACCUCGAGUACAAGUUUGGCACCGUUCUCAACUCCAACUUCCGCAACCGCACUCUCGGCUAUAUCCCUUACUACAUCUGGGUUGGAUGCCACAAGAAGCCGUUUUCGCCGUCGAGUCUGCCUCAUGAAAUUAUUGAGCGAAUCGAUGCGCUGGCUACUGAAUCACCCUAUUUGUACCCUGCCAACCAAGGAGAUGCUCUGACCCGUGCGAUUGAGAGAUCCGCACCAGAGAUCCGCUCCAAGGCCUUCAUCACUGCGGUCGAGAACCUGUCUGCCAACCUGCCUCUCCCCUCAUUCUUCUACCAGAACCACCACUGGCGUAUCUACUACGAUGAUAGACUCCAAAAACACACCCAGUUCAAUGACGAGUACAUCUAUGCUUUCACCUGGGAAGAUGCCCGUGUCGACGAGCGCCUGUUGAAGCUUGGCCCUGAUGACAAGGUUCUCGCCAUCACUUCUGCUGGAGACAACAUCAUUUCCUACCUUGCUCAGAGCCCUGCUCGCGUUCAUGCCGUUGACCUUAACCCGACUCAAAACCACCUUCUGGAACUCAAGGCUGCCGCGUACACUGCUCUGCCAUAUGAAGAUUUCUGGAAGAUUUUUGGUGAAGGAAAGCACCCCGAGUUCCGCAAGUUGCUCAUCUCUAAGCUGUCUCCUCAUCUCUCUGGCCGCGCAUUCCAAUACUGGCUCAAGAACAUUCACGUCUUCCACAACAACAAGGGCUAUGGCCUCUACGAUACUGGUGGCUCUCGCCAUGCCAUUCGUGCCUUCCGCUGGAUUGCUCGCAUCUUUGGUCUGCAGUCUACUGUCCAGAAGCUCCUCAGUGCUCGAACUCUGAACGAGCAGCGAGAUAUCUGGCGCAACAAGAUCCGACCCGCUCUGCUCUCCAAGCUCAUCUGCAACUUGGUGGUUGCGCAGGAGAGCUUCCUCUGGGCCGCUCUCGGUGUCCCUAAGAACCAGCUCGCCAUGAUUGAGAACGACCACGCCAACUCGGAUAUUGUGAAGCAGGGCAAGGCGAAGAACACUCGUUCUCACGCCAUCUGGAACUACAUGGUCAACACACUGGACCCCGUUGCUGAAGAGACUCACAUUGGUACCGACAACCCUUACUACUACGUCUGCUUGGAUGGCAAGUUCUCCAAGAAGUGCCACCUUGAGUAUCUUCGCCCUGAGGUCCACGCCAAGCUGUCUCGCCCCGGUGCUCUGGAUGGUCUUCGCAUUCACACCGAUGAGCUUGAAGAAGUUAUUGCACGCAUCACCCCUGGCACUCUCACGGUUGCGGUCAUCAUGGACAGCAUGGACUGGUUCGACACUGGCUCUCAAGCAGCUGCCGCCCAGAUUAGCAAGCUCAACAGGGCUCUCCAGAUGGGCGGUCGGGUGCUCCUUCGUACAUCUGCUUUGAGCCCCUGGUACAUCAAGGUUUUCGAGGCUCACGGCUUCACUGCCAAGUGCCACGGCUCUCGUGUCGACGGCGCUUGCAUUGACCGUGUCAACAUGUAUGCCAGCUGCUGGAUUUGCACCAAGACGGAGAACUUGCCUCCUCCUACUCCCGAGUUUGACCGCAUUGGUGGAACUGACAUUACCAGCCUGACCAUUUAA